AAUUCAGAUCUUCACUUCCCUCUUACUUCCGUCCUCUCACACGCAAAGGAGAAACACACACACAUCCCACAUGCCAUUUUCUCUCUCUACUGCACAAAGCAAACUGAUACGCUUUUACUAAUAACACAAAAAUAUAAAUCUGAAUCUACAAAUAUAUCAUCCAUUCAGUUGUUUUUGUUGUUGUUAUUAUAGAAUACAACAACUCAUUGUUGUAGAUCUAUUCAAUUCUGUGGAUAUUUGUGUUAUUCUGUAAUCCUCCGGCCCCUCUCUGUUAAACGAGUUGGGUUGGGUGGUUAAAUUGUAAGUAUGGAGAACGAGAAGAAAUCGUCUCAUGUAUCGGAUAUGGGAGCAUGGGCGAUGAAUGUUGUUAGUUCGGUGGGAAUUAUUAUGGCGAACAAGCAGCUUAUGUCGGCCAAUGGUUAUUCUUUCACUUUCGCUACAACAUUGACUGGGUUCCAUUUUGCUGUGACGGCACUUGUUGGGAUGGUGUCAAAUGCCACGGGGCUUUCCUCAUCAAAGCAUGUGCCUUUGUGGGAACUUAUCUGGUUCUCAGUUGUUGCAAACAUGUCUAUCACAGGGAUGAACUUAAGUCUCAUGCUCAAUUCAGUUGGAUUUUACCAAAUCUCAAAGUUGAGCAUGAUUCCAGUGGUUUGCGUGAUGGAAUGGAUCCUUCAUAAUAAGCGCUACUCGAAGGAGGUUAAAAUAGCUGUUGUGGUUGUCGUUAUCGGUGUGGGUGUUUGCACAGUAACUGAUGUCAAGGUUAACGCCAAAGGUUUUAUUUGUGCUUGUGUUGCAGUUCUGUCAACAUCGUUGCAGCAGAUUUCAAUAGGCUCUUUGCAGAAAAAGUACUCAAUUGGAUCCUUUGAAUUAUUGAGUAAAACAGCUCCGAUACAAGCUUGCUCCCUCCUUGUGCUGGGUCCUUUUUGCGACUACUAUCUUAGUGGAAAUCUAUUACUAGACUACAAGUAUACUUAUGGUGCCAUUUUCUUUAUACUCCUGUCAUGUUCGCUAGCUGUGUUCUGCAAUGUGAGUCAGUAUCUUUGCAUUGGGCGAUUCUCUGCAGUUUCCUUCCAGGUUCUAGGCCACAUGAAGACCGUGUGUGUCUUGACUUUGGGCUGGCUGCUUUUUGAAUCUGCAUUGACUUUUAAGAACAUAUUAGGAAUGCUCGUUGCAAUUGCGGGCAUGGUGAUCUAUAGUUGGGCAGUGGAGGUUGAAAAACAAUCCAACACCAAGAGUCCACACGCUUCCAAAAACAGCUUGACAGAAGAGGAGCUGAGAUUAUUGAAGGAGGGAAUAGAGAAGUCGGACGUCGAAGUCGGUCAGUCCAAGGCCUAAAUUUUUAGGUCUCUUAUUUAUUUGCCAUCAUCACAUAAUAUAGCUUCUUUUGGAUCAAAUUUGCAUGUAGUUUAUGAUAUUUGUUGCAUUAUUUAUUGGACAUCCUACCAUUUGGUCCCAAUUUGGUGACCUUAAAUUGUUUUUUUGAAUAGUUACUGAAUGUUUUGUUCUGUAUCCAAGUCUACCACUACCAGGGUUCUUUCAUACCAUUCUUUAGCUAAUGUUAUUUCACAUAAAUUCGUUUGUUUCAA